AACCUCACAAAUUGGGGUGCGAAAUUUGCACACCGCGGUCCAAACCUGAGACCCAAGCCAGGGCACCUCUAUUUAUCAGUUUCCCUCCCAAGUGCUUCGCCGGCCUCUCACUAUUCUCACUGAUCUCCCACUGACAACUCAGACACCGCCAAUGGAAGAAGCCCCAGAGCUGAUCAGCCCGAGGAUCUCCUUCUCCCACGACCUAGCCACGGUCGCGACACCGCCCGCCCCGCCCAGCCGGCGGUCGGACACGUCGCUGCUCGUGUCAUGCCUCCCCGAGCCGGAGUUCGCCUUCGCCAACGCCAAUGCGGCUGCCGCCGACGUCUCCCCGGCCGACCGCCUCUUCGCCGGAGGCAAGCUACUUCCAGUGCCGCCGCUGCCACCCCCUCCCAAGCCCAACCCGUCCAAGCAACAGACAACAAGCGGGAGCCGUGUCAAGGCGCAGGCGUGGCAACAGAAGCGGCCAGGUUCGUGGGCGUCCCCGUUCUCACGUAGCAGCAGCGUCAACUCCGCAACGACGACGGGCGCGCCGCGGUCGGCGGGGAGGUUCGGCUGCCCGUCGUUCCCGCUUAUGCGCAGCCGGUCAGCCGGGUCGGCAGCCGUGGCGCGGGAUGGCUUGGGCAACAUCGGCUCGGACGCCGGCGCCCAUCGGACACGGUACAAGAAAGUUGGUGCUGCAGCUUCAGCUGCAGCUAGUAACGUUGGUAGUUCAAGAGUCUACUACUAUGGAGGUAGUAGAAAAGGUAGCAGCCAUGGUGUUAGGGUUAGCCCGGUACUUAACGUGCCAUUCAUUGGCACGAGUGUAAUGAACCUAAUGAGCUACUUGCUUUGUGAUUGUAGCAGUAAGACCACGAAGAAUAGGGGAAAUAUCUUGUGA